UAAUAAUUGUAAAAACUCAAUCCGAAACACCCCUUUGAUUUUGUUGCGCCUCUCUUUCAUCGACGAAUGGAGGAGGUAAGCAGUUGUUUUCACAGUUUUGACAUGUAGCGUACUUUAUUGUGGAAAAAUUGGAGCAAAAGGCCCCAAUUCCCAAAUCAAAAUGAUAACCAAAUGCUAAAUUUCAACCAACAUCCUUUGGGUUGCCUAUCUGCUUUCUACUCGCACCUCACCCAACAUAUGGUGGUGACUUCAUUGGUUUCUGCGGAUUCUUUGAAUUGCGUAAGGGGUAUGGGUUGGCUAACUAAAAUUUUAAAAGGGUCCAGCUCAAGCCAUAGAAUCUCAGAAGGUCGAUAUCAUGACAGAUACGAAAAUGAAGAAGUUUGGGAGGAGCCUCCUUCUACAGAGGAUGCAUUGUCAGACUUUGAUCAGGAAGAAAUUGACAGAGCUAUUGCAUUUUCCCUUGUUGAAGAAGAUGAGAGAAGUGCACUUUCCCUUGUAGAAGAUGACAAAAAAAGUGCACGUUCAAGUGUACAUGAAGAAGAAGGCUCAGUUUCUUCUCUAGAAGAAGAUCAUAAUGAUGCAGUUUCAUCUCCAGAACCAGAAGAACAUAACAGAGGAUCAAAUUCUCCUUCUCAAGAAGAUCAUAAAGGAAAAAAAGUAAUUGAUGAAGAUCCUCAUUUGGAGGAAGAUGAGCAGCUUGCCAUGGCUAUUCAAGAAAGCUUGAACAUCAACAUGAACUCACCACCACGAAAUAACCAUGGAAGCCUGUUUCCUCGUUUGCCAAGUUUCUUUCCAGGUGUAUACAGGAUAUGUGCAGGUUGCAAUGGUGAAAUUGGUCAUGGGAGAUUUUUAAGCUGCAUGGGAGGCGUUUGGCAUCCAGAAUGCUUCCGUUGUCAUGCUUGCAAUAUUCCAAUAUCUGAUUAUGAGUUUUCCAUGUCUGACAACCGUCCGUUCCACAAAUCAUGCUAUAAAGAACAUCAUCACCCAAAAUGCGAUGUUUGCAAGAACUUUAUACCUACAAAUGGGGCUGGUUUAAUCGAGUACAGGGCACAUCCUUUCUGGCUACAAAAGUAUUGUCCUAGCCAUGAACAUGAUGGGACCCCUCGAUGUUGUAGCUGUGAAAGAAUGGAAACAAGAGACACAAAAUAUCUGUUGCUAGAUGAUGGAAGAAAGCUAUGUUUGGAGUGUCUUGACUCUUCAAUAAUGGAUACUCAUGAAUGUCAACCCCUUUAUCUUGAAAUCCAAGAUUUUUAUGAAGGGUUAAAUAUGAAAAUUGAGCAACAAGUUCCAUUGCUUUUGGUUGAAAGACAAGCACUAAAUGAAGCCAUGGAAGGAGAAAAACACGGUCAUCAUCAUAUGCCUGAAACUAGAGGACUUUGUCUUUCAGAAGAACAAACCAUCAGCACUAUAAUAAGGAGGCCAAGGGUAGGGGCAGGUAGGAUAAUAGACAUGUUUACAGAGCCUUAUAAACUUGUUCGUAAAUGUGAAGUGACAGCUAUUCUCAUUUUAUACAGUCUCCCUAGGUUAUUGACGGGUUCAAUUCUGGCUCAUGAGAUGAUGCAUGCAUGGCUCCGGCUUAAAGGAUACUCUAAUCUCCCCCCUGAUGUUGAAGAAGGGAUUUGUCAAGUUCUUGCUCAUAUGUGGUUGGAUUCUGAGAUCAUGGCUGGAUCUAGUGGCACUAAUGCUGCAGCUGCUUCAUCAUCUUCUUCAUCAUCAUCAUCAUCUGUUCCUGUUUCAUCAAAGAAAGGCAAAAGGUCACAGUUUGAGAAGCAACUUGGUGAGUUUUUUAAACACCAGAUUGAGUCAGAUACAUCUGCAGCUUAUGGAGAUGGAUUCAGAGAAGGUAAUAAGGCUGUGCUCAAGUAUGGGCUUAGAAGCACUCUGGAACAUAUUAGACUUACUGGAAGAUUUCCUUGCUAGUCAACUGGAAAGUCAAUGGCUUUUGAGAAUUAAAAGAAGAAAAGAUGAAUAAAGAACUGUUCCCAUGAAUGGUUCCAACUUCCAAACCCUAUUUGGAAAGUGGCAUUACAGGAUUUUUGGUUUUUACUUUCUACAACUGUUGAUAUAUAGGGUAAAAAAUGAAAUGUGAUGAUAUAGAAUGACAUGUGUUUCUAUUUAUACAAGACCUCAG